UCACCCCAAGCCAGCAGCCAAGAACAGAAGCAAAGCUGCAGGGAGAGCUAGUAGUGUACUAUUACAGCAAGAAACCAGCCCAUCCAUUCAUCCAUGGAAGACCCCUACUACACAAGCUUCUUCAAGAACCCCUACUACUACUACAACGCCUCCUUCCCCGCCCCUCCCGCCGCCCAUCUCCCUCCUCCACUUCCACCUUACACCACCCUCUACCCCGCCGUCGCGGCCGAGCCUCAGUACCCCGCCUGCUUCUUCCAGCCGCCGACGCCGACGCUGCCGCCUCUUCAUGACUCCCCUCCCUCCCCUCCGCUCCGAGAGGCGCUGCCCCUCCUCUCCCUGUCGCCCACGCGCGGCGCCUCUCGGCCGCAUGUGGCGGCGGACUCCGACGACGACGACGACUUCCUGCAGGAGGCCGGCGGCGGCUGCUGUGCGACACCUACUGCCCGCGUGCCGCUCUUCGCCGACCUCAACUGCAUGCCCUCCUGCUGCGACGACGGCGACCCGAUGGACGUGGAGGCCGGGGCGUCGACGGACGACGCCGCGGUCGCUCUGCGCAUCGGCCUGCCAACCGCUCCCGGUGGCGGCACGGAGACUGACCUCCUUUCCGCGCUCUCGGGCAGGGCUGGAUGCGGCAUCGAGCCCGAGGAAGAGGAGGAGGAGUGCAAGGUGGACACCGGCGCCGGCGACGAGGUGGUGCCGUUAGGGUUCGCGUCAACGCCGAUCGGGAGGCUGAACAAGGGGCAGUACUGGAUCCCGACGCCGGCGCAGAUCCUCAUCGGACCUACCCAGUUCUCCUGCCCCGUCUGCUUCAAGACCUUCAACCGAUACAACAACAUGCAGAUGCAUAUGUGGGGGCACGGGUCGCAGUACCGCAAGGGGCCGGAGUCGCUGCGAGGCGUGCAGCCGACGGCGAUGCUGCGGCUGCCGUGCUACUGCUGCGCGCCGGGCUGCCGCAACAACAUCGACCACCCGCGCUCGCGGCCGCUCAAGGACUUCCGAACGCUGCAGACGCACUACAAGCGCAAGCACGGGCUGAAGCCCUUCCUGUGCCGCAAGUGCGGCAAGGCCUUCGCCGUCAAGGGCGACUGGCGCACGCACGAGAAGAACUGCGGCAAGCUCUGGUACUGCCUCUGCGGCUCCGAGUUCAAGCACAAGCGCUCGCUCAAGGACCACGCGCGCGCCUUCGGCCACGGCCACGGCGCCUUCGGCUGCAACGCCGACGGAGGCGACGGCCUCGAGGACGACGACGAGGGCGCCGUCUCAGAGAUCGAGCAGGACUGCGCCGGCGCCUGCAGGUCGGCGCGGUGACCGUCGGUCACCGACCGGCGUGUAUGUGCAUGCCGCGGUGAUCGAUCGAUCAACAUUUCGUGCGUCUCUAUACUACGUGUUACAUAUGGCUGGCUAGUGCUACUGUGCUAGUGCUGCCUGUGUUGUUGUUCUUGUUAGUUGAUGUUGUGUUGUUGUCGACGCCGUCGUUGUUGCUUUUGCUCGAGUAGCUAGCUUGUUAGGGUUGUGGAGGUCGGUCGUGUGAUUUCUUCUCUAGCUGGUUAGUUAGUGCCGAUCGAAACGAGGACACUCCACGGUUGGAAUGCUGGAUUGCU